AUGAUGGCUCCCGAGACAGUGGUGACCGUAGACCAUAAUAAACCAACACAGCAACAGGCGCCACCACAGCAGCAACAAGGCGGUGCACUCGACUGGAUCAAAAUCAACGUAGAUUAUUUCAAAACACCGCCCGGUUUAUUAAAAAUCGUUCAGUUGGUUAUAGGUAUUCUGUGUAUGUCCUUGGGGACACCCUGGGCUUCCGCGUGGUAUGUGUUCGUGGCGGUGACAUCUUUCAUCACCACGCUUAUGUGGAGUUUCGUGUACUUCCUCAGCAUCAGAGAAGCUCUGAAGAUACCCAUCAAUUGGACACUAUCUGAACUCAUAAGCACGAGCUUGGAGACAUUCUUCUACCUGGUUGCUUUCAUAGUCAUGUUCACGUCCGUUUAUGGCAAUUAUGGACGUAACGUGGCUGCUGCUGUGUUCGGUAUUUUUAAUACAUUGGCGUACGCGGCUAGCUCGUACUUCUUGUUCCAAGAGCAUAGGAGCAGCGUGGCCAGCGCGGCAGCG